UAUUAUUCCUUCUUUGUGUCUCCUGAUCAGGUUCUUUAAACAAAGGGUCCCCUUUGUCUUUUUGGAAAUACCCAUACACCCUUUUUACAUCUGUAAACGUUCUUUACUUCCAUCUGUACUACUGCUUCUGUUAUUUCUAUAUUCUCAUUUAUACCCUUAACUUUUUGCUGGUAUUUAUAUGGAUAGCUUGAUCUUUCUCUUUCUGUUUUCGUGCGCUGAUCAAGGGAUUUGUGUGGAUUUUUGGUUUUGAAAACAUAAAACAAAAUUUUAUUUUCCAAGGAAAAAUUAAAAAUAGAUCUUCAAGGAUCCUUUUACAGUUUUCUUCAUUUUCACAAUGAUGAUGAACUGAUGAUGAACAACGCAGCAGAGACAGGUAUACAAAGAGACAAAUUUUUACAGAGAAAUGAUUAGCAAGAUCACUUCUUCCAUUCAUUUUUUUACAUUUUUCGUUUACUGGGGGAAAGGAAAAUAAUGUCAUCACCAAACUCGCCAUGUGCAGCCUGCAAAUUUCGAAGGCAAAAAUGCACUCAAGAAUGCGUUUUUGCACCAUACUUUCCACCAGAUCAGCCUCAGAAAUUCGCAAACGUUCAUGGAGUAUUUGGGGCAAGUAAUGUCGCUAAGCUUCUAAACGAGCUUAGCACAACUCAACGAGAAGACGCAGUUAAUUCCCUUGCUUAUGAAGCAGAAGCUCGUCUCCGUGAUCCAGUUUAUGGAUGCGUAGGUCUGAUCUCAAUCCUUCAGCACAGACUCAAAGAACUACAGAGUGAUCUUUAUAAUGCCAAGAAAGAGCUUGCUCAGUAUAUUGGUCAUCAAGCAAUGCUUCCAACUCUUCAAUCGCCACUGUAUAUGCCUGCUCAACCUUCCCAUUUGGGCAAUCCUUCUUCCUUAAUACAACAAGGCAGUUUUCCAAUAAUGGGUACUCCUACAGGACAAUUGUUGGUUCGUGAGAAUCAACAACAGCACCAACAGGAAGUUUAUGAGGCGCAGCAAUUGGCUGCGGCUUUGGCUUCAAGAGAGCAGCAACAGAUGUUUAAGGUUUAUGAGAAUCAACAGAAGCAGCAAGAGAUUGCUAGGUUUAAUAGAGGUUUUAAUUCUUCUGAUUCAAUUAAUACUAAUAAUACAACUGGGUUUAAUCAGAUUACUGUCAGUGCUAUGUCACCUUCUUUAGCUUUAGGUACUUUCGAUAAUACCACUUAUCACAUUCAACCAGAACAAAUGGACCAACAUCACCAUCUUCAAGCACAGCUUUUCCUGCAAUCGCAACAAGAAGAACAGCAAUCUCAACAAACCCAACAAUUGCAGCCAUCCCAAACGUCUGGAAGUGAUGAAGGAGGGAGUUUUUGGUGGUUGCUUGUGCAUAUGAGGGAUCUCACAGAAAGAGCUUUGCAUUUAUGA